CUAUGUGGCAAAAGUCUGAACAUAAAUGUCGUCAUAUCACCCAUAGAGCCCACUAUUUGAUAUUGGUUUUCCUCUUUAGUCCUUUGAAAAUGCAUGAUGCUUUGUAGCUAGAAACCACAAUAUAGAUAGGCACAACUUUUUAGGAAGAAAAAAGAAAGAAAAAGACAACGUUGAAAAUGAUCCCCUCCACCGAAAAGAACAGUCUCUAGUACCUCCUGUUUCUGUUCAAAAUAUCAAAUACCCUUGAAAUACUUUGCUUCAUAUUUCAUGUUUAUGAAUCUUAACCGUUCCAAAACCUUCACCAAUGUCACUCGCCCCCAGUGCAUUUCUCUUCAUCAACAUCCUGCUCUUGCUCUUGCGCUCCUUAAUUCACUCUGUCUAUGCAACUUCCCACACCAUCCCAAUUAAUGGCACCUGUGAUGACACAUGUGGCACUGUCCCCAUAAAGUUCCCAUUUGGCACCGGAUUUGGAUGUGGGCAUCCUGACUUUGCAAGAUACAUAAAAUGCAGCUCCGGGACACUCCAAUUCUCUACCGGCACCGGCAUUUACACGAUUUCCUCCAUCGACUACCCAAGCAACACCAUAAUUGUUGCAGAUCCCCUCAUGUCAACCUGUUCUUCAAUGCAAAACUCUGGAAGCUUCAGCUUAGACAGGGCCAGCCCAUUCACUAUAACAGCAGAUGAUAUCUUUGUUCUGCUCGGGUGCUCGACAACGUCUCCUGUAUUUGAUCUUGAUGAAGAUCUGUGUGAUACUGGGUCAGGCUCUCGUAUUUGUAGCGGGCUGUAUUCUUGCAAGGGAGUGACAGGCAUUGGGUUGCCUCAAAAUGCACCCAGUUCCACAUGUUGUGUCUAUGACUCCCCAGUUGGCCUUGGUUCAGGUUAUGCAUUGGACCUUCCCAAGCUCCAGUGUUCAUCGUAUACAUCAAUUUAUGGGUUCGGGGAUGAGGGGGAUCCGAUGAAGUGGAAAUUCGGAAUUUCUUUGCAGUAUAACAAUUCCUACUAUACGGAUACAUGCAAGGACUGUGAAGCGAGUGGAGGUUUGUGCGGUUUUGCUGGUUUGGAUCAGUCAUUUGCUUGUAUUUGUAGAAACGGGGUAAAAACCACCAACAAUUGCCUUGGAAGAGGGUAUGCUUGGAGCGGGACACGGGGACUAAAAAUUCAAAAGAAGUCGAUGCUUGGAGUAGGAUUUUGGCUCUCGUGGAUGUUGCUAUUCCUUUGGAGCUUAUAGGAUGCCUCAAAACUUUGGGGGAUACGAAAGGCCAAUGAAGGGCUUACUGGAAAAGCUUCUCUCACUUUCUUGGUGAAAUCUUCGAUCAUGAGUUUCAUAUAAUUCUCAAGAAGUUGUUGGCAAAGAUCUCAGUUGGGACUUGGGAGUCUAGGAGGAUUGCAACUAAUGAUUUUACAAACCAUUUUAUUAGAGAAUUUGAGAUAAUAUAUAUAUAUAUAUAUAAUAUGUUUUAGAUGGCAGCUGUAAGCCUGUAACCAUUUAGUUUAAACAUUAAUGUUGUAUUCGUUUGUUUUGUUUCUCACGAGUCUCAUGACCUUUCCUCUUUCCUGAGACGUACAUGCAUGCUCGGAUUUUUUUUU